AUGGCGCUACCUCCUACGUUCAAGAUGCAGGUGGCGGGUGGCAAGACGGCAGACAUCCCCACGCCAGGCUUCGGCACCUGGGCAUUCGAAGGCACACCCAUCGAUCCCGCGAAGCCCGAAUGGAUCAAGAACGCAUUGAAAACGGCUCUCGAUGCCGGCUAUCGUCAUCUCGAGUGUGCGUGGUUUUACGGCGUCGACAAGGAAAUCGGCGAGGCGAUCCGGGAGUACGGCAUACCGCGGUCAGAGCUCUUCAUUUCGUCCAAAAUCUGGUGCAACUUCUUCCAUCCGGAUAUGGUGGAGGUGUGCUGCGACAAGAUUUUGCAAGACAUGGGCGUGGACUAUCUCGACUGUUUGCUGCUCCAUUGGCCCUGCGCCAUGGCUCCCAUCUCACAUGAUGCUCUGAGGAACGCUGACGCGGGCAACCAGGCGUCUCUGGAGAAGAAGGGGAUGUUGAUCAAGGACGGCAACCUCGUCAUCGAUUGGCAGCACACUUCCGAGCCGAUCGCUCGCGCGGGAGGCCAUCCGGAAGGCAGCAUCGUGCCGACGUGGAACGCAUUGAAGGACAUUGCGAGAAAGGGCAAGGCGAGGGCCAUCGGCGUAUCCAACUUCGACAUCGCCGAUUUGAAAGUGCUGCUGCCGCACGCGCAAGACGUGCCCAUUUCCGUGAACCAGGUAGAGGUGCACCCGUGGCAUCCGCAACGGGACUUGCUCGAUUACUGCAAUCAGAAUAGCAUCAUCGUUUCGUGCUUUUCGCCUUUUGCGGGGCAGAAGGCGGAUGGCAAGACGUUGAUUCACGAUCCCACGGUGCAAAAGCUGGCGAAGAAGAACGAUAUGGGUGUGGGACAGCUGCUGCAGAGCUGGGCAGUUCAACGAGGCACCGUGCCAUUGGGCAAGAGCGGCAAUGAAGAACGAAUCAAGGCCAACUUUGCGGUUCGAAGGUUAUCAGACGAAGACAUGAAGGCAUUGGACGAUCUCGAGGUUCCCAAUGGAAAGGGACGAUCGAUUGAUUUUACAGAAGCAUGGGGUAUCAAGUUAUGGCAGAAGUCGUGA